AUGCCUCAAUACAAGAAGGGCCAGAAUGUGCGCUACAAGCCUGUGGGCGGUGCGUAUCGCGAAGCUCUCCUUUCUGCUAAGAGCAAUACUGAUAUUGAGUAUAUAGGCCCCGAUUCAAAUACCUCCGAGAGCGUCGGCUGUAUUAAAUCUGUCCUGACUGAACCAGGAAAUCAGGCCGGCCGCAAUGUCAAUGCUAGCGAGGAUAACCCCCGUUACGAGGUGGAAAAUCAAAACACUGGAAAGACGACCACUAUCUAUGAGGAGAAUAUCUUGGGGUCUGUUUAG